AUGAGUAGAUAUUUCUCCUCCGCCGUGAGAACAGCGGCAAGAAUUAUAUGGACAUUCAAAGGCACCACGAAGAAUCUAGAGAUGGAUGUAGCAGCUGUCGAGCAAGCUGUCUUGGCGACACCGGAACUUGCAAAGAAGGUUAAGAAAGGUAUUGUCAAUGGUGAUCCGCAUGCCACCAAAUAUGCCGAUGGUACCGAGGAUCCCAUUCACAUUUCAGGCAUACUUGGCGACGGGAACCUGAAAGGAUCCAGGAAGGCGACAUCCUUCCACUAUUAUCCAGAGACUGGCGACGUUAAAUUCUCGAAUCCGAAAUACCCCCCUGUUACUGGCGCGUCGAACGUUGCUGCGAAAUCUUCUUCUUCUGCUCAAUCAGGGGCUCAGGUUCCCGCUCAUCAACAGGCACCGGAAUGGGUGUGA